CUUCUCGCCUCCUGAGCUUCAUCUCUGCAUCCUCGUCCAUCUCCCCUCUCCCACCUCGUCUCUCUCCAUGAUCGUCCUCCAUCCCAUCUUUGUGACCGUCCCCCCACUCAAACACCUCCUCUUCAUUCAAUUGCCUUUACUUCGGUUUACCCAGUUUCAUUUUGCUUUAAUAUACAACUAGAUAACCCGCGAGGGUGCUGCACUUUAGUAUCUGGACCUUGCUUCGUUCCCUUUUCCCUUUCCCUUUUCCGACCCUUCGAGUGCUCUUUUACUUCCCUUCCGCCUUAUCAAGCUUCUCGUCUUCUCCAUAAUCUAUUACAUUCACCUCUCCUCCCCCCCUUUCCCUGGUGCCUUGACCGGCACACCAUGCCUGUCAUUGAUACCACCAAAGACUUGGCUGCUCUCUUCCAGAGCCAAGCCAAGGCUACCCCCGAUGCCGUCGCACUCGAAGAUGAGACGCGGUCUCUGACUUACGCCGAACUAGACCGUGAGACGGCGGCCCUAGCUCUUCGCCUUCGUCGUCAGCACCGCGUUGGCCGAGAUGUCCUUGUCGGUGUGCUCAUGGGCCGGAGCGCCGACUACGUGAUUGCGUCCCUGGCCGCCCUGAGAGCCGGCGGCGCUUUUCUUGUUCUGGAGCUGGCCUAUCCGCCUGGCCUCCUCCGUGAUGUGGUCGAUGAUGCGAACCCCGCCGUGGUUAUCACCCACAAGGCAUACGCUGCCAAGAUCGAAUCAGAUGUCCCCGUCAUUGCCAUCGACGAGGUGGAUGAUCGCCCUCGUGUCGACGACGCCGCCCAACUCCCUCCUCUCCCCGCUGAAGACGAUCUCGACCGUCUCGCCUUCGUGUCGUACUCUUCCGGCACCACCGGCCAACCCAAGGGCAUCGCCAACCCCCACAGAGCCCCCGUGCGGUCGUACGACCUCCGCUUCGCCGUCAGUGACCUCCAACCGGGCGACAGGGUGGCCUGCAACGUCUUCUUCGUCUGGGAGAUGCUUCGCCCGCUCCUCCGUGGAGCCACUGUCGUCGCCGUCCCGGAUCUGAUCAGCUACGACCCUGCCGGCUUGGUCGGCAUGUUGGCGUCCCGCUGCAUCACCGACACCCUCAUGACCCCUACGCUCCUGGCCACCGUCCUCUCUCGUCAUCCCGAGCUGGCCGACCGCCUGCCGGACCUGCGGUCUCUCUGGCUCAACGGAGAGGUUGUCACCACAGAACUCUGCCGCCGCGCCCUGAAGGCCCUCCCCAACACGCGCCUGCUCAACCUCUACAGCGCGAGCGAGACCCACGACGUUGCCGCCGGUGAUGUCCGGACCUUUGUCGACUACAACACUCCCGUCUGCCCCGUGGGCCCUCUCUUGGACCCUGAGUAUGUCUACAUCCUGGACGAAUCCGGCAAUCCGGUCGAAGGCCAUGCCAGCGGGGAGAUGUGGGUCGGCGGACAUCUUUUGGCGCGCGGCUAUCUCAACCUGCCCGAGCAGACCGCCAAGGCCUUCCACCCGGAUCCCUUCGACAAAAAGACGGAAGGGGCUCGGAUGUACAGGACGGGAGACAUGGCGCGUAUCCUGCCGUCGGGUCUCCUGGAGAUCACCGGCCGCGUAGGGGGUAUGAUCAAGACGCGCGGCUAUACCGUGCAGCCCAGUGCCGUGGAGCACGCCGUCGUCAAACACCUGGCGGUGCGUGAUUGCGCCGUGACGUCCCACGGCGACGGGUUGGAAAGACAGCUGGUCGCCUACGUGGUCCGCGACAAGGACGACGAGCGGAACAGAGCCGAUCUUGCCAUCGAUGAGUCCGGGUACAGCCCGGCCGCCCGACGCGCCCUUGCGGCCCAUCUGGCGCCUUACAUGAUCCCGACGCUGUGGGUCGAGGUGCCCCAACUCCCCACGCAUGACGUCUCUGGCAAGGUCGACCUCAAAGCCCUUCCGCCGCCUCCGAUGCCGAAGGGCCAGGUCGGAAAAGGAAAUGGCGGCAGGAGGAGGGACAUGAGCAUCACCAUCGACACGAUCCGGAAGCUGUGGGCGGCUUCCCUCAAGAUGCCGGCCAGCGCCAUCAAGGACGAGCACGGUUUCUUCGACAUUGGCGGCCACUCCCUGGUGCUGGCCAACCUAGCCAACCGCUUCUCCAAGGAGUUUGGAUUUCCCGUGCCUCUGGCGCCUCUGGCUGGCGACCCGACGCUUCAGGGUCACUUGAACGCCGUCUGUGCAGCCCGCGACGGCCACACGGCGGCCGUGCAGGCCGACUUGCCUGCCGUGCUGCGGGCCGACUGCGACCUUCCGGAGGACAUUCGGCCCAAGAGCGAGGGGCAGGCAAUGCGUCGACUGGACGAGGCAGACACUGUUCUCCUGACAGGUGCCACGGGCUACCUGGGCGCUUUCCUCCUCAAGUCUCUGAUGGACAGCACAUCGGCCCACAUCAUCUGCCUGGUGCGCUUCACCGAACCGACGGACGACUCGCGACCGGCCGGCAUGGCCCGCAUCCGGAAGAACUUGGUGGACCUGUCCCUCUGGGACGACGGCAUGCUGGACCGGAUGGAGAUCUUGCCCGGCAACCUCGGGCGCAAGCGGCUCGGACUCUCGUCGGAGACAUACAGCGACAUCGCCUCCCGUGUGGACGUGAUCAUCCACGCCGCCGCCACGGUGAACCUAGUGUACCCCUACGCGGCGCUGAGGAGCCCCAACGUCGGGGGCACGAGGGAGAUCUUGCGGCUGGCGUCCCAGAGCGGGGCCACGCUCCACCACGUGUCGACGAACGGCGUACUGACGCCGUCUGUGACGGGUUGGCCGGAGGAUGCCAUGGUCGACAUCGACGACGUGCCGGAGAAACUGCUCGACGGGUACGGCCAGACGAAGUGGGUGGCCGAGAAACUUGUGCUCGAGGCGGGCCGUCGGGGGAUGCCGGUCAAGGUGUACCGGCCGGGCACGAUCAGCGGGCACAGCGUGACGGGAUCGACGAACACGUACGACUUGCUGAACGCGCUCAUCGUCGAGUCGCUGCAUCUCGGCCAGGCGCCCCAGAUCGAGGACUGGUAUGCGGAGAUGACGCCGGCCGAUUUCGUCAGCACGGCCAUGGUCACCCUGGCGAACCACGUCGACGACGGGCAGCUGGUGUACCACCUGGGAGACCCCCGCCCGGUGCCGGCCAGCAAGGUUUUCGAUUAUCUCGAGGAGCUCGGCUACCCGACCGGACGGCUGCCGUGGGACGAGUGGGUGGCGCUCUGGAACAAGGAGAGGGGCUGGGGCAAGACGGGGGGCGACGAAAACGAGCCGUUCACCCUGGACAUCCUCCGCGGCGGCAUGCCGACGGCAGAGGCGCUCCGGUCGGUGGUCGUUCUGAAAGACGACGCCACCAAGGCGGCGCUGGCGCAGUACGGGGUCCACCGGCCCGAGAUCGACGGCAACCUGCUCGCGACGUACACCCGGCAUUUUUUCGCGCGGGGCUGGCUGUCGAAGGCGCCGACUCGGCGACCUCAGACCAGCAACGGCGUCGUCGUCGCCGCCUCUAGGCCCGGUCGCAGGGGGCGCUUGGCCGGUAAAGUGGCGGUGGUAACGGGUGCAUCUUCCGGGAUCGGGGCGGCCGUGGCAGAGGGCCUGGCGAGGGAAGGGGCGCACGUGGCGCUCGCGGCACGACGCACGGAAGCGCUCGAAAAGACCAAGCGCAAGCUGGGCCGCUACGGGGUCAAGGUCCUCGUGCACAAGACGGACGUGACGGACAAGUCGCAGGUGGAGGCCCUGAUGCGGGCGACGGCGGAAACACUGGGCCCGAUCGACGUCCUGGCGAGCUGCGCCGGGGUGAUGUACUUCACGAUGAUGACCAACAACCACACGGACGAGUGGGAGCGCACGGUGGACGUGAACUGCAAGGGCCUGCUGCACUGCCUGGCGGCGACGGUGCCGGGGAUGGUGGCGCGCGGGCGGGGCCACGUGGUGGCCAUCUCGUCGGACGCGGGGCGCAAGGUGUUCCCCGGGCUGGGGGUGUAUUCGGCGAGCAAGUUCUUCGUGGAGGCGACGCUGCAGAGCUUGCGGCUGGAGACGGCGGGGACGGGGCUGCGGGUGACGUCUGUCCAGCCGGGGAACACGGCGACGGAGCUGCUGGGCUUGUCGACGGACCCGGAGGCGAUCAAGAAGUAUGGGGAGCCGACGGGGGCGAAGGUGCUGGAGGCGGAGGAGGUGGCUUCUGCGAUUUUGUAUGCGGUGUGUCAGCCGGAGCAUGUGGCGGUGAAUGAGGUGCUUAUUGAGCCGAGGGAUGAGCCGAUCUGAUGUUUGCGCUUUCAUUUGGUAUGGGGGUAUGUGGCAUGAGGGAUACGAGGUAGACAGAC